CAGGAUUCAACAUUUAGCUAUGAUGGGGUCCAGCCUACUCCUUGGUUAGAUAUGUCAAUAUCUUCUAAUGGGCAAUCGAAAUAUACGAAUUUCCACAAUGGACGGCCAUCAUCAGGUGCAGCCCAAGCAUUUGGAUACCUGAACCACAUGUACCCUAACAUGGCCUACUGUCACUAUGGAGAUACCAUUAGAGGGGGUUCUGGUUUCGGAUCAUAUGGCUACUAUAACUGGAAGAAGGGGCAAAGUUUCUAUAAUGUUGGUAACAACAACAAAUAUAAUGGUCAUGGUUAUGGAAAACAUAAUAUGGAUGGUUUAAAUGAGCUGAACAAAGGACCUAGAGUAAAAGGGUGUAAGAACAAGGAUGGUACAAAACUAGCUAUUGAAGACCAGAACCUUCCACUGACUGAUAGCAAUAAGAACAGUGUUUAUCUUGUGCCAGAUAUGGAGCAGUAUAAUAAGGAAGAUUUUCCUGAGAGUAUCAAAUGCAAAGUUUUUGUCAUUAAAUCUUACAGUGAGGAUGAUGUCCACAAAAGCGUCAAAUACAAUGUGUGGGCCAGUACAUCUAAUGGCAACAAGAAACUUGAUGCAGCAUUCCGUGAGGCCAAGGAUAAGUCUGAUGCCUGUCCUGUUUUUCUAUUGUUCUCAGUUAAUACCAGUGGGCAAUUUGUUGGAGUAGCAGAGAUGGUUGGCCAAGUUGAUUUUAACAAUACUGUAGAAUAUUGGCAGCAAGACAAGUGGACUGGUUGCUUCCCUGUGAAGUGGCACAUCAUUAAGGAUGUGCCAAACAUUGCACUGAGGCACAUAACACUUGAGAACAAUGAGAACAAGCCCGUCACUAAUAGUAGGGACACCCAGGAGGUUUAUUUUGAGCAGGGGGUUCAAAUUCUCAAAAUCUUUAAGGAUCAUUCCAGCAAGACAUGCAUUCUUGGAUUUGAAUUUUAUGAGGCUCGUCAAAAGACAAUCCAAGAGAAAAAGGCUAAGCAUCAGUUGUUGCAAAAAAAAAUUUUGAGGGGGGGACCUAAUGAUUCUGUUGUGAUUGACAAAGAAAACGUGACAAUAGAAAAAAACACUUUGGAAAAACCUGUAGGGGAAGCCUUGAUAAAAGAGCCAACUGUUGUAUCAACAGAGGUGGUAAAGGCUAAUGGAGAUGGGAAACCUAUAGAAGAGAAUGGAUCAGUUACAGCAACUGACGGUUGCCACAAAUCAAUUUCUGUUGCAACUGGGGAGGUAGGAUUGAGAGAUACCUUUCAGCAUUUCCUUGUAGGCAAAAUAGCAAUUAGCAACAUAGUGAAACUGAAUGUGUUUGAGAUUUUGGAGGAAUUGGUAAAGGUUCUGAAAAUACCAGUAUUCAUGAUGAUGAGCAACCGGGUACUGGUUCUGUGA